UUGAACGAAUAAAUCACGAUUAAGUGUGUGUGGUUGAACAAUAAAUAUGCAAAUAACUCUAAUCUGUAUAUGAAUGAAACACCUACUCAUUAGUGAUCCAAAUUUAAUUCAAAUUGAUACAAUUGGAUUAAUUGUGCGCUUUUUCGGUUAUAUUAAUUCUCCUCUAACCAAACACUGUUACGAAGUGAAUGUAUUGAUAUCGACUCUGGCGGCGGUGGCGUUAGCGGCUCCUCAAGGAUCCCAGGCACCAACGGAGCCUAUUCCUAUUUUAAGACAAGACAGUCAAGUCAACGGUGACGGAUCAUACCAAUACUCAUACGAGACAGGAAAUGGAAUUAGUGCAGACCAGAAAGGUGACUUGAAGAAGGUUGGAGACGUUGAAGCUUUAGAAGUACAAGGACAGUUUCAAUAUCCCGGGGAUAAUGGAAACAUUCAGCUGUCUUACGUUGCUGAUGAGAACGGCUUUCAACCCCAAGGUGCUCAUCUCCCUACUGCUCCUCCAGUACCGGAGCCCAUUCAGCGCGCUCUCGCCUAUCUUGCCACCGCUCCUCCUCAACCCCAACAGCCAGCUCAGUAAAUUAGUCAACUGAAGCAAAGAAAUACUCAUAGUCAUUUUGUGAUAUGUAUUUUGUACUUUUAUACCUUAUUAUCAUGCUGUUGUAAUAAAUUUUUGUGAUAAAUAGUUAGAAUUUUAUUGAUAUAUU